UGAGUUUGCAAAGCGCCAAAGCUGCAGAAUUCCCCUCCCUCCCUCUCUACAAUCCGUUACUGGGGCUUUGGAGGGUGACGCAGCAUUGGUAACACGGGCACAGGGUACCGCUGCGCAACAAAAGAUCACUCCUAGACGCGGGAUAUUGUGUCUGCAGUUUCCAUAGAGCGAACAUGAAAGCUCAGUUAUUUGCAGUAGACGUGUUACUGCUGUGCUUAUCUUGCGGAGCAAGUGCAUUGGCCACGACUCUUCCUGGCGUCUCCGCGCUCUUGCCUGCAGCCAAUUUCACCAAACUUGGCGCGACGCACGGCUAUGGGACAGAUGUUACGACUAUUUCCAAGACCAGGAGGAAGCGUUACAUCAGUCAGAACGACAUGCUUGCCAUUCUUGACUACCAUAACAAAGUAAGAGGGAAAGUGUUUCCCCCAGCCUCCAAUAUGGAAUACAUGGUGUGGGACGACGCUCUGGCUAAGACAGCCGAGGACUGGGCUCAUGCCUGCCAGUGGGAGCACGGGCCACCUCAUCUCCUCAGGUUCCUGGGUCAGAACCUCUCCGUCAGGACGGGACGGAUAAGGUGGGCUCCCGUCGCUUGUCCCCUCGCACACUGACCGAUAAGAUGGCGUCGGAAAAAAGCCCGGCAUCCCUACAAGAGAAAACCGCUCUGAUAGAGAGGGACUCAGAAGAAGAUGUACAUCAAGAAUGUAGCACAAUGCCACAGCGGAGUGAAUCAAAACUUACGCUGUAUCACUGGACGCAGUCUUUCAAUUCUCAGAAGGUGCGUCUGGCUAUAGCAGAGAAAGGUUUGCUCUGUGAGGAGUAUGAUGUGAGCCUCCCUCUCAGUGAGCACAACGAGCCCUGGUUCAUGCAUCUAAAUCCUACUGGUGAGGUGCCAGUACUGGUCCACCAUGGAGACGUUAUCUGUGACCCUACUCAGAUCAUGGACUACCUGGAGCAGAGUUUCAAUGAUGAAGGCACACCCAAGCUGAUCCCUGAAGAGGGCAGCACAUACUACCACAGAGUGCAGCACUACAGGGAGCUGCUGGACUCACUAAAAAUGGAUGCCUACACCCACGGCUGCAUCCUUCACCCAGAGAUCACAGUGGACUCCCACAUACCAGCAUAUGCUGCCACCUGUAUACGAACACAGAUUGGAAACACACAGUCUGAACUGAAGAAACUGGCAGAGCAGAACCCAGAGCUUAAAGAUGCUUAUGUAGCUAAACAGAGGCGCCUGAAAUCCAAGUUGUUUGACCAUGACAACAUGAAGUACCUGAAGAAGCUUCUGGAUGAAUUGGAGAGUGUGAUGGACCAGGUGGAGACGGAGCUACAGAGGAGGGUGGAGGAAACCCCAGAAGAAGGCGGCGAGUCCUGGCUGUGCGGGGACUUCUUCAGCAUGGCCGACGUCUCUCUGGCGGUCACCCUGCACCGCCUCAAGUUCCUCGGCCUCUCCCGCCGCUUCUGGGGCGACGGCAACCGCGCCAACCUGGAGACGUACUACGAGCGCGUGGUGGAGCGCCCGGCCUUCAGGAGAGUGCUGGGCCACGUCAACAACAUCCUGAUCUCCGCCGUCCUCCCGGUGGCGUUCCGCGUGGCCAGGAAGAACGCGCCGGCUAUUGUCGGCACCACCCUGUUGAUCGGUGUUCUAGGUGGAGCCACGUACCUCGCGUUCCUUUACAUGAAGAAGAGGCUGACUUUCUCCAUCUGAGGGAGCGGUUGAGCUGCUGUGGGACUGAACGGUAGAUGAACACAUGUCGCCAGGGUCAUUUUUCAAAUUGUGUUACGUUAAAGUGGAGGGAUUUGAUUGUUCGUGAAUGAAACAAACGUUAAUUGUGUGAUUUUUUUUUUGCCGGAUACACAAAAGGCAUUACACAUCAGUGAUAACAACACAAUGGGAUUUACAAGCUAUGCUAUUGUAAGUAUUGUAAGUAUGAAUGAGUAACAUGGCAAAAGAUAUAAGGCGACAUGAGAGUUGUCUGACUAUUUUGGACCCAUACAGUUAAAUAAGAUGAGGCAGAAUUUGAUCAAUCCCAAGUGACUGUGGGACAGCAGCGGUUAAGGUAAAGUGAGAAAAGGUGCAAAUAUAGAUAUACAUUAAAAAAAAACUGCAAACAGUGUAAAAACAGAGCAUUACACCUCUUUGAAAAAAGUGAUGAACAUCUGUCCUUAUAUCUGACUUUAAGCAUUGCAAGUGUAACUUUGAGACAGUCCAAGCAUCUUCUCAUACUGUAAGCCUCCUGGAAUCAUGUUUUCCGAUGUUCAGUGUCUGGGUGAAAAUGUGGAAACACACAUCUUAAUGUGAACCCAAAUCACUACUUGGAGCCUCAUCCCUUUUGCCCAAUAUGUUCUUUUGUAUUAUUUAAAUAUAAUCCAUAUUUGGCUUUUAGAAAUGAAGGAAAAUACACUAGAUGCCUGCAGCCAGCCUUCUGUAACCAAUUCCGUCAGCAUAUAAUGAACUGAUCAGCUAAGCAGUUCAAAACAUUGAAAUUAAACUAGUCCCAAAGAAUCUGCUGUGUUUCCUAAUGUUAAUCUAAUUUAAUGGAGAACGGCAUUAAGGCAUUACUGAGUGUCAUCUAACAGACCAUCAUAUAUCCUAAAGGUAUUGAAUUAUUUGGGGUUUUCACAGGGAAACGUCUAUGAGACUAAUUCCGAUGUUCUGGAUGUAAAUCAACAUCUUCAGUCAUUUCUACGCCGUGUGAGAACAACACUGACAUUUAACAGCUGCCUGGCUUUGAUUUAAACACGUCCUCUCGUGGGCUCGGCGUCACACAACACAAACAACGCGCUGGAGCUUGUGACAAAGCCCGGCCUUUGCUCUCAGUGUCCAGAGGGCUGGCUAGUGUAGCUGUCAAAGGAGUGCCUCACACGUGUUAAAGCCACAUGUGAGCCAAGCUGUCAGAGGCCCAUAAGCUCAUACCAGUGUGUUAGCUCUGGAAAAUCGUACCCUUGCAAAUGGCAAACCAAAUGACAUCAUUUUUUUGCCACAAAGUUAUAUUAUAAAGAGCCGUUUUUAAAGGAUAACUUAUAUUGUGCAAUUUAGAGACAAAGCAGCCUAUGUUAGAAUUGUGUUUGUGUGCGUUCUUCAAAGCUAAGUUUGACUAAGCCGUGCCUUUUCACAAAGUACCAUCGAAUUCAUCUCUCCUGAUCAUUGGCUGACGACGGGAUCAGUGGGGGGUUUAAAACAGAAACACUAUGAUAAGACACUAUUUAGUGACGCAUGUGUGAUGAAUAUGAACAAAGCCUAUAUAAAGAAUGUUAAGUUAAGUAAUAGUUUGUGUUAAAUAAUCAAGAUGAAUAUUUAUCAUUAAGAAUUACACAUUAUUGUCAUUUCAAAUUGAAAAUGAAUACCGAUUCUUCUUCUGCCAUUAAAUAAAAGUUUGAAACUGCA